UUUAGUGGACAAGGAGAUCAUGUAACCAUGUUAAUGACGCGAGACGGUACGGCACAAGCCUAGCGCUUCCUAAGCGCCCCAUGCAAAUCCGCUAGGGGAAAAAGACAGUAAUGGCUGGGUGCCAGCAAACAGCUGGCGUGAUGAUACUGCGUUGAUUUACCCGCGUGGUACGGACGCUGCCCCUCCGGUGACGUGGCGCGAUCCUGGCCGUGGCGCGCGUAGCGUGGUAGAUCUGUAACAGCUGGACGCUUUAACGGCUGAGAUGAUGCUCUCUUGGUGUUCCAAAACCCAUCGUGUCUUUCUCAUACCAAGAGAACGCGACGGAGGGCAAGAUAUUAUGCUUCCUUGUUGCUCAAGGCGCGCCGCGAGCUCGAUCGAUCGAUCGAUGUGGCAAUGAGGACGAUUCAUCUGCAUUUGCUUUGCGCCGUGGCCGCGAUCUUGGCGAUUCACAAUGCGCGAUCGAUAGGCGCCGCGGCUUCGGUGGAUCAUCCUCCAGCGCCAUCCUCCGGCGCAGGUAAUGUGGCUUUGAAGUCUGUUCUUGCGGCGCUCCUGGAAUCGCCGGCCACGGAGAUGAUGGAGCUCGUGGAGCAGGCAGGGAUGCUGGAGGCGCUGGAAUUGGCCGCGGAUCGCCAUAAUCUCACGAUCUUUGCGCCCAGGGACGAGUUCUUGGAGCUCCAUUUCGAUGCCGACUUCCGGAGGUUCCUCUUGCUGCCAGGAAACGUGAGAUUUCUCCAGGAGCUCGUCAUGUUCCACGUCCUGCCGAUCAGGAUCACGGCGUCGCAGUGGCGCAGCGGCAGAUUCCAGAGCCUGUCCGGCAGCCGGGACGAGGUCCUGUUGCAUUGGAACAAGAAGCAGCGCCUGGCGGUGGAUCGCUCGACGGUAGACUGGCCGGACAUGAUCGUGAGGAGCGACGGCGUGGUGCACAGAAUCGACGGAUUGCUCGUCCCCAAAUCGGUCCAGGACGCCUACGCGGCAGCAAGAAUCUCCUCCUCGGCGGUUCUUCCCCAAGCCGCGCCAUCUCUUUCCGGGGAAUCUUUCGGCAACAAGGCCGAGGCGAAGCUCUUCCAUGUCACAUUCCCAGUGAUCGACGAUCUCAUCGGCUCGGCUCCGGCGCCAGCGCCAUCGCCCUCAAGAUUCUCCGCCGACGGCCAUGGCAGAGUCCAGGAUUUCAUCGCGGCGCUGGUGUCCAUCGGCGGCUACGGCGAGAUCGCAGACCUCCUCGUCAAUCUCACCUCCCUGUCCGUGGAAAUCGCUAACCUCGUCAACGAAGGGCACGCGCUCACGGUCCUGGCGCCGGGCGAUCGCGCCGUCGCGCGCCUGGCCGCGGAGCACCUGGGGGCGAUCGAAUCCAUCCUCGCCUAUCACAUCGUCGCCGAGUACCAGACCGAGGAGAGCCUCUACACCCUCGCCAAGCGGCACGACAGGGUGGUGCUCAGCACGCUCCACGAGCCUCCAUUCAACCGGCUGGUGGCGAGGGAGAUCGAUGGCACGGUGGAGUUUGGCAGUGGCAACGAUCUCGCCUCCUCCAAUUCCUCGCGCUCGAGCACCGGGCUUUUGAUGGAUCCCAACAUCUACACUGACGGGCGGAUCUCCGUGCAAGGCAUCAACGCUGUGUUGAUUCCACCUCGAGGCCGAGAUGCUUCCAACGAGGAGAGCUCCCCGCCCACUCCUUCGCCGCGGGCGGGCUUUAAAGACAACAAGCCACCACGCAAGCUGUUCCAAAUGUUCUUUCGCGGGAUUUAAGUCGUCGCAGCAGCGCUCCACUCUCUCCUGGGAAACUUUGAAUGCAUCGCAGCAGCUGGGUUGACAAAAGUACAAAGGAUCAUCGUCACUCACUAGUUCUUCCUCGCGAACGAUCGUUUUCGUCCCUUCUCUCUCUCUUCUAACCAUUUUGUAUGUCUCUCUUUGGUGGCGCAGCUCUUUCAUUGCUCGAAAUUUCACAAAUGUUGCUUCCACUGUUGGUGGUAAAAAACAAAAUUGCAAUAGAAAUUCGUAAAGAAAAAAA